AUGGGCUGCACUAAUUCGCACGGGAUCGAAAAAUCGGUCAUUGAAUACCCGUUCGCUUCCAUCGAGAAAACGGUAAUUCCCUUGACUGAGGAUCAAAUAAAAAUUGUACGAGAAACUUGGGACAUUAUCGAACCACACAAGAAAGAAAUUGGGGUCAAUGUUUACGUACGGUAAGAUGAAUUUUGUUAUAAUUGCAUGUGACCGCUAGAUGUGAUAUUAACAGUGAAGUUAGAAGUAAAGGCCAGUAUUGUUAACACACCAUAGAUGUAAUUUCGUAAGACUCAUUUUUUAAAAAAGUAAAUAAAGAAAAUACAACAUACUGUUUGAAAACCUGCAAACGAAAAUAUAAUUAAAAAAAUAGCAUUUUGUCAAGUUUACGAUUACGUGCAACAAAAUCUUGUAUCAAGUGACAGCCUGCUUUUGAAAUAAGGACAAAAGUCUGCACAACUCAGAUGGUUGCAAAUUACGCCAGAAAAUUGAAAUUUUUCUUGAAUUUAUGUUUCCGAGAAUCAAACUGAUAUUAUCCUUCUUCCAUAAUUCCUCAUGUAGUUAAAUAUAUUAAUUACCAUUUGGAAGACCUGAGGUCUUUAGCUAGUACUGAUGAUUUUAUGUCACCAAUUCAAUGUUUUAAGAAUCCCGUGGUUUCUUUCAAAGAAAAAGUUUCUCCUGUUUUUUUUUAUGCUUUUUUCCUCCUGAAAUGAAAGAAGUUGGUUUAUAAUUAAAAGCAAGAGGGGAUAAAGCCUUGAUAAAAGAAAGAAAGAAAGAAAAAGAGAUGAUAAGAUAAACGAAAAUUGUAAACGUAAACCAUGAACGACGGUUCUCUCAUGGACGUCACAGCUUUAAAACGUAACGCGCAUAAUAGAAUAGAGGCAAUGCAUGAAAGGUCGAGCGUAAACGUAAAAUUUGAAACUCGCUCAUCACCUUUUACGUUUACGCGCGAUAACUCGCCGGUAUAAUGCCUCUGUUUUAUUGUCACGCACGUACGUACGCACGUAAAAAUUACGCGAUAGUGGAAAGACUGUCAAUAUGCUGUUAACCGAAGUAAAAUUGAUCUGAAAUACUAAAAUUGCACUGUUGUUGUUACUUAGAUUUCUAUCCAUGAAUCCUACCCUAAAAGCUUCCUUUCCUGACUUUAAAGACAUCUCAGUUGAUGAGAUAAAUCAGAGAAACAGCCAUCCCAGAAGAUUAAUGGCGGCCAUUGAAAACUCCGUCAACUCGCUGAACGACGUGGAAACAUUUACUGAAUACGUGACAGAGUUAGGAAGAAGGCACUCAAGGUACAGCCUUAAACCUACCAAAGCUUAUGUAAGUAUUCAUUACUAAAGAUUAUUUAUGCGAGGACAGAGUGGUCAUAAAAGCCCACCAUGCCACCCGGCAUUUAGGGUACGAUAAAAGAUUAGUGAGGUCCUUACUUUUUGCGCUUUGCUCGUUCAGGAAUGGGGAUGGGGAGGAUGACGCAAUGGUGAGAGAUGUCGCCUCCUACCAGUGGGCUACCAAUUUUGCUCGGGUUCGAAUCCCGACGUCGACGCCGACGCCAUAUAUGGAUUGAGGUUAUUGUUGGUUCUCUCCUCAGGCUUCUCCGAGAGGUUUUUCUCCGCGUACUCCGGUUUUCCUCUCCCCUCAAAAAUUAACACUCUUUUAAAAAUUCCAAUUCGAUCUGAGCGCAUGGACACGUUUCAACGAGUCCUUAGUAUUCCGUAGGUGAACAAAUUACAAAAAAAAAAAAUUACAAUUACCAUAACAAUGCAUGCUAUGCAGGCUUUGCCCUAUUACCAGAGAUGCAACUUAGAGAACCCCAUCCUUUUCUCUGUGUCUAAACCGGCUGAUUAAACUCUUUGUUUUUGUUUUUGCUCCCGAAGCCGCGAUCGAUAUCCUUUUGGACCAGGCCAAGGGUAAACGCCGGUGUUGUAGUACGUAAAUGAUUGAUGAAAUUUUAGGGGACGGUCGUUCAAUAAGGGUGCAAAAAUUGAUUUUAAAUAUGUUAUCUUUUAAAAUCAAGACAUUUUUUUAUUGCUGAACAUUGCUUUCUUCUAGCGAUGUUUUUAACUUAGCUAUAUAGAUACUAUUAAAAGUAAAUUUCACAGGAAAAGGGAUGGCCGCGGUCCAAAAUCAGUUUCUUACUUUUUUAACUUAUCUCCUAAAAGUAACUUAAGCUGAACAAGGUUGCCUUACUCUCAUGGAAUGUUUUCAUUAAUAGCACGAUCUCUUUUACGAAUCGCAGUUCAGGGAUCUAGAGAAGGCGUUUCUUCGCAGCUUAAAAGACCACCUUCAAUCUUGUUGGAGAGUAGAGGUUGAGGAGAGCUGGGUACGACUGUUCAACUUCAUGGCUUGUAUUAUGCUCAAGGGACUCAGCUCCAAGACUUAG